CGCAGUCAGCAUGGAGCAGCUCCCCGGCCCCGCUGGGUUCCAGGUGGCACUGCUGGAUGACGUUGUCUGCCCCAAGGAGGAAGGGUUUCUGGAGGCUCUGUGCCCCAGGGAUGAUGAGGAAGAGGAAGAGGAGAAAGAGGACAGGCAGAGGAGCCCAAGACCUGUCACCUUCAUGCUGGGCAAUGAGGUGCUGGGAGUGGGCCCAGAGAGUGAAUUUCAGAGCCCUGAUUCUGAAGUCUACAUGCACUUCAUGAGGAGCCACUGCUGCUAUGAUGCCAUCCCCACCAGUUGCAAGCUUGUUGUCUUCGACAUCUCCCUGGAGAUCAAGAAAGCCUUUGUGGCACUGGUGGCCAAUGGGGUGCGUGCUGCCCCGCUCUGGGACAGCAAGACACAGAGCUUUGUGGGGAUGCUCACCAUCACUGACUUUAUCAACAUCCUUCACCGCUACUACCGCUCGCCCUUGGUUCAGAUCUAUGAGGUGGAGGAGCACAAGAUUGAGACCUGGAGAGAGGUGUACCUGCAAGGCUCCCUCAAGCCGCUGGUCUACAUCUCCCCGAGCAAUAGCCUCUUCGAUGCUGUCUACUCCCUGAUCAAGCACAAGAUCCACCGCCUGCCUGUCAUCGAGCCCAUCUCAGGCAACGUCCUGCACAUCCUGACACACAAGCGCAUCCUCAAGUUCCUCCACAUCUUUGGCUCCACUCUCCCCAAGCCACGCUUCCUGAAGAAAACAGUGCAGGAGCUGUGUGUCGGCACCUUCCGUGAUGUGGCCGUGGUGCCUGAGACUGCCCCCGUCUACACUGCCCUGGAGAUCUUUGUGGACCGCCGUGUGUCUGCCCUGCCUGUCAUCAAUGAUGCUGGGCAAGUGGUCGGCCUCUACUCCAGGUUUGAUGUUAUUCACCUGGCAGCCCAGAAGACCUACAACAACCUGGACAUCAGCGUGCGGGAUGCACUGCGGCAGCGCACCACCUGCCUGGAAGGGGUCCUCACCUGCUACCCCCAUGAAACCAUGGAGGACAUCAUUGAUCGCAUCACCAAGGAGCAGGUCCAUCGCCUGGUUCUGGUGGAUGAGAACCAAUACCCACGGGGCAUUGUCUCCCUCUCCGAUAUCCUUCAAGCCCUUGUGCUCACUCCUGCAGGCAUCAACGAAUCCUUGCUCUGAAGACAUCAGGGAAGUGGCCCUGGAGCUGAGGAGGGAGACUCAGGCCAGUGAGGCUCUCCAUUGGGAGGAACCUGCCUGCCCACACUGGUCCUGGGGCUCGACUUGAGUCCAGGGCCAGAUCCUGCCAGCCUUGGCGAGUCAGGGAGCAGGGAAAAGGGGGCCCAGGGAUGCCUCCUGCCAGCAAGCACUUGGUGAUGCUCAAAAGGCACAGUGCCAGAGGAGCCCUGCCAUGACCGCAGCUGGACACGUGGACCUGCAUGGAUGGCUUUGGCGGACUCAGCCACCCGGCUCCUAACGAACUGCUGGAUUCAAACCCUUCAGCCACUGCUCCCUUACCCUGGUGAGCACGAUCCUGCUGGCUGUGCCUGGUAGUGCAGGCUCAGCUGCACACACGGGCUUGUUCAUUUUAGGGUCACUCGGGGC